AUGGCCCUAUCUUUCGCGGUUCUCAGCCUUGGCCUUGGCCUUGGGGCCGUCGCGGCCCCCACCUCUUCCGGUAUGGACAACAUCAAGAAUGUCGUCGUGCUUGUGCAAGAGAAUCGGUCUUUUGAUACCCUCGCCGGUGGUCUCACGUACAACCCCGAUAUCGAUGGCUUGGUCAACCAAAAAUACUGCAACCCCGCCAAUGUCUCGGUUCCGAGCUCAGAGGAUGUCUGCGCGGCUGGUAUCGCGAAAAACAUCGCAUCGGACGACCCCGACCACACGAUCACUGGCGUAAACAUGCAAAUUUUUGGGAAUUACCACCCGAAAAGCAGCUCCAAGUCAACCAUGAGCGGUUUCGUUACCGAGCAGAGCUAUAUGUACAGUUUGCAAAACGACAUGAUGGAGGCUGCCGAGGUCAUCAAUUACUAUGAGCCUGAUCUUGUGCCUGUCACCAACGCCAUGGCUGAGAACUAUGUCCUGUUUGAUCGCUGGUUCGCUUCGAUUCCGGGCCCAACGGACCCCAAUCGCGCGUACCUGACCUCGGGGACUUCACACGGCCACGGCGACAAUGGAGAAGUGUUCUACAACGCCGGCAUGCCCCAGAAAUCCAUUUUCGAGCAACUUUCUGAGAAGGGGAUUUCCUGGAUCAACUACGAGAACACAACCAAUAUUGGGGCAAGCAGUUUCCCGCCUGAUGCUAUGUUCUAUGAGUGGACGGCUAAAUCCGCUACGGACAAGAUUCUUCCUCUGAGCCAAUUCUAUGAGGAUGCUAAGUCUGGUAACUUGCCUCAGUUCACCUGGAUCAAUCCCGAGUGCUGCGAUUACAUGUCCAUGCAUCCGAAGUCCCCUAUCAAUAUGGGGGAGAACUUCAUGAAGGGCAUCUACGAGGCGAUCCGCAACUCACCCCAGUGGAAUGAAACCUUGUUUAUCAUCACAUGGGAUGAGCAUGGCGGAUUUGCGGACCACGUUGCGCCCCCAACUGGAGUUCCCCCGGGUGACAGCCUGCCGUAUGUUGAGAAGGCGAACGAUGGCAAAGACUAUACUUUCAAUUUUGACCGUCUUGGUGUUCGCGUUCCGACUUUGUUGAUCUCACCUUGGGUUGAGAAGGGCGUUGUUCAAAAUAAGCCUGGCCCUGGAGAGAAUGAGUUUACUCACACUUCUAUCCUGAAGUUUGUAUCUGAGCUGUGGGGCUUGGAUAGCUUGACGCCUCGUGUGGACUGGUCACCUUCAUUUGGGAGCUUGAUCACGAAUACUUUCCGUGAUGAUACUCCGGAACAGCUUCCCAAUGCCGCUGGAUAUCCUCUUCAGUGA